ACCUGACCUAUUCUCAUACGAGCACUUGGGGUUUCAUGUAAAUCAACCAGACAUUCUGUCAUUCACCAACAAUAUCUCUCCAUAGUAGACUACACCAAUGUGCCUCCAUGAAAUAUUUCACUAUGUUUGUGGAAGAAAUAUUCAAAUGAACGUGCUUUUUCAGGAAUGGUGACACCAGAAUGUUCUAAAUCUGUUCAUUACCACAAGGAUAAAUGGUAUUUCUGCCAAAGACUUGAUAACGGGUGCAGUAAUGCAUCUCAGCACUUUCUGAAAUUAAAGGUCUGCCCUGAGAGCACUUCUGAAACUAUUAGGUGGAAAUGGAUCUAGGAAUGCUAAUAAGUACAUGAAGAAAAAAGGCUUUCCCUAAGCAAACAAUUUUUUGUUUAAUUGGCUUUUUAAUUGUUAAACAAAGGAUUCGCAUGCUUGUCUAGAAAUACACAUUUAAAAGCUAAUCUCCCAGGACAAACGCCCAGCCACAAAGAAGCCUGUCCAAGAGUUCCUUUCAAUUAUCUGCGAAGGAUUUAACAAUGGAAUACAAAAAUCUCAGGAUGCAGAGAGACUAAGAGAACUCACACAAAAAUUUCUACUGAAUGAAUUUCCCCACCUUCUUGGUGAUUGUACACCUGCUUUCCUUAUAAGGAGAACAAGGAAGUAAAUCAUGUUGAAGUUGCUCUUAAACACAGCUUUCCUUCUUUACCUGUCCAGGUAGCCUGUUUUCAUUUCAGUCUUAAUGAAAACUUUUAAAUUUACAUCUCAAGUUUCUUUCCAAAACAGUCGAGAACUGAAACGAAUGGGGAUUGAACUGCUUUGCCUGUUCUUUCUAUUUCUAGGAAGGAAUGAUCACGUACAAGGUGGCUGUGCCAUGGGAGGUGCAGAAACCUGUGAAGACUGCUUGCUCAUUGGACCUCAGUGUGCCUGGUGUUCUCAGGAGAAUUUUACCCAUCCAUCUGGAGUUGGAGAAAGGUGUGAUACCCCAGCGACUCUCUUAGCUAAAGGAUGUCAACUCACUUUCAUCGAAAACCCUGUCUCUCAAGUAGAAAUACAUACAAAUAAGCCUCUCAGUGUAGGCAGACAGAAAAAUAGUUCUGACAUUGUUCAGAUUGCACCUCAAAAGUUGACUCUUAAAUUGAGACCAGGCAGUGAACAGACUCUACAAGUGCAAGUCCGCCAGACAGAGGAUUACCCAGUGGACUUGUAUUACCUCAUGGACCUCUCGGCCUCCAUGGAUGAUGACCUCAACACCAUUAAAGAGCUGGGCUCUCUGCUUUCCAAGGAGAUGUCUAAAUUAACCAGCAACUUUAGACUGGGCUUCGGCUCUUUUGUGGAAAAACCCGUCUCCCCUUUUGUGAAAACAACACCAGAAGAAAUCGCCAACCCUUGCAGUAGUAUUCCGUACUUCUGCUUACCUACAUUUGGAUUCAAGCACAUUUUGCCAUUGACGAAUGAUGCUGAAAGAUUCAAUGAAAUUGUGAAGAAUCAGAAAAUUUCUGCUAAUAUUGACACACCAGAAGGUGGAUUUGAUGCAAUUAUGCAAGCUGCUGUGUGUAAGGAAAAGAUUGGCUGGCGGAAUGACUCCCUCCAUCUCCUGGUCUUUGUGAGUGAUGCCGAUUCUCAUUUUGGAAUGGACAGCAAACUGGCAGGCAUCGUCAUUCCUAAUGAUGGGCUCUGUCACUUGGACAACAAGAAUGAAUAUUCCAUGUCAACUGUCUUGGAAUAUCCAACAAUUGGACAACUCAUUGAGAAACUGGUGCAAAAUAAUGUGCUAUUAAUCUUUGCUGUAACCCAAGAACAAGUUCAUUUAUAUGAGAAUUAUGCAAAACUCAUUCCUGGAGCCACAGUUGGGCUACUUCAGAAGGACUCCGGAAACAUUCUCCAGCUGAUCAUCUCGGCUUAUGAAGAACUGAGGUCUGAGGUGGAACUGGAAGUAUUAGGAGACACAGAAGGACUCAACCUAUCUUUCACAGCCAUCUGUAACAAUGGGGCCCUCUUCCCACACCAAAAGAAAUGCUCUCACAUGAAGGUGGGAGACACAGCUACAUUUAACGUGACUGUGAGUAUACCAAACUGUGAGAGAAGAAACAGGCACAUUAUCAUAAAGCCUGUGGGGCUGGGGGACGCCCUAGAAAUACUUGUCAGUCCGGAAUGCAAAUGUGACUGUCAGAAAGAAGUGGAGGUGAACAGCUCCAAAUGCCACAAUGGGAACGGUUCCUUCCAGUGUGGGGUGUGUGCCUGCAACCCUGGCCACAUGGGUCCUCACUGCGAGUGUGGGGAGGACACACUGAGCACGGAGUCCUGCAAGGAGGCCCCAGAUCACCCCUCCUGCAGUGGAAGAGGAGACUGCUUCUGUGGGCAGUGCAUCUGCCACCUGUCUCCCUAUGGAAACAUUUAUGGGCCCUUCUGCCAGUGUGACAACUUCUCCUGCGUGAGGCACAAAGGGCUGCUCUGUGGAGAUAACGGCGUGUGUGACUGCGGUGAAUGCGUGUGCAGACCCGGCUGGGCGGGUGAGUACUGUAACUGCACCACCAGCACAGAGUCUUGCCUCUCGGAGGACGGGGUGCCCUGCAGCGGGCGAGGAGACUGCAUCUGUGGCAAAUGUGUUUGCACGAACCCCGGAGCCUCUGGACCAACCUGUGAGCGUUGUCCCACCUGUGGCGAUCCCUGUAAUUCUAAACGGAGCUGCAUUGAAUGCCACCUGUCUGCAGAUGGCCAGGCCCGAGAAGAAUGUGUUGACAAAUGCAAGCUAGCCGGUGCGACCAUCAGUGAAGCAGAAGAUUUUUCAAAGGAUGGUUCUGUUCCCUGUUCUCUGCAAGGAGAAAAUGAAUGUCUUAUUACAUUCCUAAUAACUACAGAUAAUGAAGGGAAAAGCAUCAUUCACAGCAUCAAUGAGAAAGACUGUCCAAAGCCCCCAAACAUUCCCAUGAUUAUGUUAGGGGUUUCACUGACUAUUCUUCUCAUUGGGGUCGUCCUACUGUGCAUUUGGAAGCUGCUGGUAUCAUUUCAUGAUCGUAAAGAAGUGGCCAAAUUUGAAGCAGAACGGUCUAAGGCCAAGUGGCAAACGGGAACCAAUCCAUUAUACAGAGGCUCCACCAGUACCUUUAAAAAUGUAACCUAUAAACACAGGGAAAAACAAAAGAUGGACCUUUCCACAGAUGGAUAGAACUACUUCAUGCAUGAAAAAGUCUGCUUCACUGAUAUGAAAUGUUAAUGCACUAUUUAAUUUUUUCUUUUUUUUGUUGCUUCAAAACGAGGUUGGUUUAAGAUAAUAAUAGGUCAUUUGGAGAUCAGUCAUUGUCUGUAUGAAGGUUAGAGACUGUGUUGGCAGGUUCAAAAUAAUCAGGAAGAGAAAUACCCUUAGUGAAGGGGUGACUUUGGGGAUCAUUGAUGAAUACUAACUCUGGUGCAUUAAUGUCUCAAAAAAUCAUCAAAAUGACACAGGGGGGCCUGAUUUGCAUUUGAAAAAUGUUUGAAAUUAGAAUCUCAUUUGUUGCAGGAUUAUAGCUACCUGAAGUCUUUGUCUCAGCAAAGUCACAAAGUCCAUAUGCUCACAUUAAAUAAUCACACUUAUGAAUUAAUUCUAAAGUUUUAGUAAGUCUGCCCUUUCCUAAAGGUGGGUUCUUCUAAAAAUCUAUGAAAAAUGAGACACUGACUUUUACUUCCAUAGAGAGGAUGCAAUUCUUCUAAUGUCCCAAAUGUAAUAAGUGUUAAUUAAUAAUUUCUGUGGAUUAGCAUGUACCCAAAAGUCAGGUAUACACACAAAUAAAUAUUUUAGAAGAAGAAGUAAUUUAUAAAUUAGAAAGUAAAAAAAGAGAAAAUUAUCAGUAAAAACAAAAUAGUUAAUUAAUUAGAUUAUUUCUAAUUACCUGAAGAAGAAAUUUCUACACUCAGUUUCCCUCCUGAUCCUGAGUUCUCAAACCACUACUUGUCCCAUAUUUCUCAAUCCAUUUUUACUUAGUUUUAUAGUCAUCUAAACCCUGGAGAUGUCAUAUGAAAGUUUUAAUUUCUUAUUCAAAUUUACUUUAAAUGGUUAGAUAAUCAAAAGGAGCUCCAAUAAUGCAAAAUGAACAUGGGUUGGAGAGAAUAACACUUUAAAUGGCUUUAAAGAAAACACAUCAAGAGUACAGUCUCUCAUGAGUAACAGGCUUUCUAUCCAUAUUCGUUUCCAUUUAUAUAACCUAACUUGCACAUUUCGGCUGCAUAUGGUGACUAUGCAUCUUGUACUUACUUUAAAAGUAAGAUUUUACUUGCAAACUCCAUGUGGAUAAUUAGGGAUCCAUAGGCUGAUUGAGGAUAUGGACUCCGUAGAAUAUUAUUUCCUAUUAGUACUGCUUCACAGAGCACUGUCAUCUUAUUUGAUAAGGAAGCUAAACCUCAGAGAGUGAGUAGAAAAAAUUGGUCCAGAAUCUAGAUCUUCCAGCUCCAAGCUAUUUCUUCUCUCCACAGUAUGAGGCUAACUCUUUUUCCAUGAAAUGAUGGAAACAUUUGGUUAGUUAAACAAUAACUAUCAUUUGUUUGAAAAUGUCCUGAGAUAAAAAUAGCAUUCAAACUACUGGAGCAGAGGUGAGGUCUUGUACUUUGGUGCAGUGUUUAUUAUCUUUGAGUAAACGGACUGUGAAAUCUUUUACUAGGUGAAUAGUUCAUUAUGAAUGGAAGUUUCAAAUGUACCCACUGAAUUGGCAAAGAUAAUCUAUGAUGUUUCCUCAAUUCUACCGUAUAGAUCUGUACACAUCUGAUCACUUGGAGUCUUAUUUCUUUUCUAGUUUCUAAAUAACUCAGGUAAAUCAGACACUUGGGGAAUACACAGCUAUACUAAAAGAAUUACUAAACAAUCACCUUGGAUACCUGAAGGGCAGAUGUAUCCCCCGUGUUCCUGACUGAAGCCCAGGGUCUGGGGAAAAUCUACAGCAACAGUGAUGAUGCAACAAUGGUAUUCACCUCUACAUGUGACAUUUUUUAUUAUUACUAGAAUGGGAUUCUAGAAAAUAUGAGUUUCCUUUGUGUGUAUAUUGGGGAAGGUAGAGAAGAAUCUGCUAUUUCUCUGAAUACUGUUUUGACCCAAGGCUGGACCUUGAAAAGGCCAAAACAUUAACAGUAGUACUUCUGUUCACUGAAGAGUUAUAUUACAUGAAGAUAAAUGGUUUUUUUGUAAGUUGUUUUAUUGUAUUAUGUGUUGACAUAAAUAAACAUGGUAAUUUAAACAAUGAA